ACUUGGUCAGGAAAUGCUUCAUGUCUAUCUUUAUAUCCCCACUAUUUUAGAACUGUACUUUACAUUUUCCAAGAGACAUGAACCCUAGGUUACAAUAGCUUAAAUAAGCGAUUCAUGUCCUUUUCUCCAUCCAUUGAACAUUCAUUUUAUUGAUCUGGGUCACAUAUUCUGGGAAUUCCAUCUAUCUUAACUUCUGAGAUAGAGUGGAACGGAACUUUCAGAAUUUGUUGUUGAACUUUACUGUUAAAGCUUUUCCAAGCAUCCCUUCUGAUAUCAGAUUUUAUACUGCUGGUUUUAGAUUCACCAGGACCAACAUAAUGGGUUUCACUGGGACCUUAGAGAAAUGCAAGGCCUGUGAUAAAACUGUUUAUUUCAUUGAAUUGGUGUCAGCUGAUGGAGUUCCUUAUCAUAAGAAGUGCUUCAAAUGCAGCCACUGCAAUGGACUUCUUGUGAUGAGCAGCUAUUCCUCAAUCGAUGGAGUUUUAUAUUGCAGACCUCAUUACGACCAGCUCUUCAAGGAGACUGGCAAUUUUACCAAGAAACUCCAAUCCUCGGGAGAGAAGAAAAAUGGCCUGACCAAGGCCCCAAGCAAACUCUCUUCCAUGUUCUCUGGCACCCAGGACAAAUGUGCAUCCUGUAAAAAAACUGUAUACCCACUAGAGAAGGUGACUGUGGAGGGAGAAUUCUUUCACAAGUCAUGCUUCAGGUGCUCUCAUGGAGGUUGCUUUAUCACACCAUCAUCCUACGCUGCUCUUGACGGUAUACUAUACUGCAAGGCCCACUUCUCGCAAUUGUUUAAGCAGAAGGGAAGCUACAGUUAUCUCACCAAAACUUCCACGAUGAAGAAAAACACAGUAAAUUCGCCAGAAGAAAAAUCUGAAGCAGAACAAAACCAUUUAACAGUACCAGAAGCUAGCUCUGACUUAGCCAUUGCACAUGAGAAUGUGCAGAACUAGUUAUCAAUGCUGUAUUGUUCCUUUCACAUGCCUCUCAAGGGGACAUUGAGGUUACAGAAGUGGUUGCUCUCCUUGUUCCUUGGAAGGCAUGUGUCAAUAGAGAAUGGGAACCUGUUAAACAAAAUAAAUGGUAAAAAGAAAGUCUUUUUAUUAA